AUGUGUCUAUUUGUUCCAUCAGAAGAUAUCAGCUAUAUCUCCGUUUCGUACGUUUGGGGUGGUAUCUUACAUAGCAAGACCAACAGCGAACGUGUUGAAUGGAUCGAUAGUCUUUUCUAUCGUGCAGCUGCAAAUGGCUCAACUCAGCCGACGACCCCUGAGCUGCACGACCGCAUCCGCUUCCAGGAACUACCACUCACUAUACAGGACUCCAUCAGCUUAGUCAAGCUGUUGGGAUGGAGAUAUCUGUGGAUUGAUUUGUUGUGCAUUCGACAAAACGAUGCAGAUGAUAAGAAAGCAUUGGUCAAAGAGAUGCACCUUAUCUUUGAGGAAGCUUCCUUCACCAUUGUUGCUGCCGGGGGACAGGAUGCAAAUACACCUCUUGUAGGAUUGUUCAGCCCCCGAUCACCGGAGCCCGCUGGAAAGCUUAUCCUUAGUAUGGGCUCCAUUACUUUAUCUCCUGCGAGGCCUGCACUGCCAGAUCUCUUGGCUGAAACAACUUGGAUAAAGCGAGGGUGGACCUUCCAAGAGGACGUGCUCUCAAGAUGCUGCCUGUAUUUCACAGCGACCGAAGUGUUUUAUUCUUGCAGGCAUCACUUGUUAGAGUAUCGCCUGCCCUACAGAGGCUAUUAUAAUAGUUUUGGGUAUGGAAGAUUCAGCGAAUGGAGGGAAAGCUAUUUUCUAGAAACGAAAAUCUCCCAAAAUGCAUAUCAAGCUACUUCGCGGUGGAAUGGCGGGUGGACGAGAUUCGGAAACUCUUCAGGUAGUUUGCGUUCGAAAGCCAGCGUUCUUGGUUCGCAUGGAGCUGCUGGAUUCUGUGUGGAACUCGGUUACGAAAGUUCCAUGUGGGAUCCUACGGAGAUCUGCCUAGGGACCUCGUGUGGUCAUCAUCACAUGUGUGUUGGACGAUUACCAGCAAACAAUGCUAACACAUUGUUCGACGAUUAUGCCAGCUUCAUUACUGAGUACAGCAAACGAGAACUCUCAUACACCAGUGAUGCUGUAGCAGCAAUGAUGGGAAUCCUCAUCAAGUUUAACGACUCGUCUGCGAAACCCGUCAACAUCGAAACUCAUGGGAUACUGAGCGACCAGAUCGAGAAAGGACUUCUCUGGAUGCCUCUCAAUGAUACUUCACUGCAGAGGCGGAGCGGUUUUCCUAGCUGGUCCUGGGCUGGUUGGGCUGGCUCGGUCGCAUAUGAGAUUGCGAAUGGGUUUGGCGACUUUGAUUGGACGUUUCGGCCAUCGGCAUUCUUAACCAAGAGAGGGUCACUGCUAAUGAAGUCCCUGUUUGACAUCCGCAUAAAAGACGAGCACUGUUUGUUCGCCUAUCUGAAAGAGUCAGAAAUCACUACCACAUCCGGAACCUACCCUCCAGCGUAUGACCAAAUCCAAGCAGCAAGCCCAAAGAUACUGAGCAUCUACACAUAUACCGCAGAAAUAUCCAGUCUGACUCUUGGGGCCUCCUUCGUUGUUCGGCAGUACGUGCCGUCAAUGGACGUGCCGGUAUUGCUUGCAAAAGUCAGCAACAGCGAUGAUUGUAAGGGCCGAAGGUAUGAACCAAUGAUCGCUCGCGGCUACGACAAGUUAGAUACAGGUGAUGAGUAUGUCGUACUCCUUCUGAAGAAGAAAGGAGAGUAUUUUGAGAGAAUGGGGCUAUCAACUGUCCCAGCAGGAAGACCACAGGGUAAAGAAGAACAAGGGGAGGCCUCUCAGAAACCUCAGGAUCAGAAACCUCUACGAAAAAGCGGGUGGAGUAUAUUGUCAAUUAUGAUACCGCCGUCGGACGACAUUCAUGACAGUGAGGAGGUAAUGGAUCCUGGGCCUGCAUGGAAGCUACAGUGGGUAUCUCUAGCUUAA